UGCAGGCAGGGGUGCGGGACCCAGACCCGCUUCAGCCAGGAGCCGGCCGACCAGACUGUGGUGGCAGGACAGCGGGCCGUGCUCCCCUGCGUGCUGCUCAACUACUCGGGCAUCGUGCAGUGGACCAAGGAUGGCCUGGCGCUGGGCAUGGGCCAGGGCCUCAAAGCCUGGCCGCGGUACCGGGUCGUGGGCUCUGCGGAUGCUGGGCAGUACAACCUGGAGAUCACGGACGCCGAGCUGUCUGACGACGCCUCCUACGAGUGCCAGGCCACGGAGGCCGCCCUGCGCUCACGGCGGGCCAAGCUCACCGUGCUCAUCCCCCCAGAGGACACCAGGAUCGACGGCGGCCCUGUGAUUCUGCUGCAAGCAGGCACCCCCCACAACCUCACGUGCCGAGCUUUCAACGCCAAGCCGGCCGCCACCAUCAUCUGGUUCCGGGAUGGGACGCAGCAGGAGGGCGCUGUGGCCAGCACGGAACUGCUGAAGGAUGGGAAGAGGGAGACCACCAUCAGCCAGUUGCUCAUUAACCCCACAGACCUGGACAUUGGGCGUGUCUUCACCUGCCGCAGCGUGAACGAGGCCACCCCGACUGGCAAGGAGACUUCCAUCGAGCUCGACGUGCACCACCCUCCCACGGUGACCCUGUCCAUUGAGCCACAGACGGUGCAGGAGGGGGAGCGCGUUGUCUUCACUUGCCAGGCCACAGCCAACCCCGAGAUCCUGGGCUACAGGUGGGCCAAGGGCGGCUUCUUGAUUGAAGAUGCCCACGAGAGCCGCUAUGAGACAAAUGUCGACUAUUCCUUCUUCACGGAGCCUGUGUCCUGUGAGGUUCACAACAAAGUGGGGAGCACCAACGUCAGCACCUUAGUAAACGUCCACUUUGCCCCCCGGAUCGUAGUUGACCCCAAACCCACGACCACAGAUAUUGGCUCUGAUGUGACCCUCACCUGUGUCUGGGUGGGGAAUCCCCCCCUCACCCUCACCUGGACCAAAAAGGAUUCAAACAUGGUCCUGAGUAACAGCAACCAGCUGCUGUUGAAGUCAGUGACCCAGGCCGAUGCGGGCACAUACACCUGCCGGGCCAUCGUGCCUCGGAUCGGCGUGGCCGAGAGGGAGGUGCCCCUUUACGUGAACGGGCCCCCCAUUAUCUCCAGUGAGGCGGUGCAGUAUGCUGUCAGGGGUGACGGGGGCAAGGUGGAGUGUUUCAUCGGGAGCACGCCGCCCCCGGACCGCAUUGCCUGGGCAUGGAAGGAGAACUUCCUGGAGGUGGGGACCCUGGAGCGCUACACGGUGGAGAGGACGAACUCGGGCAGUGGGGUGCUGUCCACGCUCACCAUCAACAAUGUCAUGGAGGCAGACUUCCAGACGCACUACAAUUGCACGGCCUGGAACAGCUUUGGGCCCGGCACGGCCAUCAUCCAGCUGGAAGAGCGAGAGGUGCUGCCUGUGGGCAUCAUUGCCGGGGCCACCAUCGGUGCGGGCGUCCUGCUCACCUUCUUCUUCAUCGCCUUGGUAUUCUUCCUCUACCGCCGCCGCAAAGGCAGUCGCAAGGACGUGACCCUGAGGAAGCUGGACAUCAAGGUGGAGACUGUCAACCGCGAGCCACUUACGAUGCAUUCAGACCGGGAGGAUGAUACAGCCAGCGUGUCCACUGCGACUCGGGUCAUGAAGGCCAUCUACUCGUCCUUCAAGGACGACGUGGACCUGAAGCAGGACCUGCGCUGCGACGCCAUGGACACGCGGGAGGAGUACGAGAUGAAGCCCGCCGGCGCCGACUCGGCCGGCACGUUGUCCUAUGAGAACUACGACAAGUUCAACCCGCACCCCUUCCCCGCGGCGGCGGGCUACCCCACCUACCGACUGGGCUACCCCCAGGCGCCGCCGUCCGGCCUGGAGCGGACCCCGUUCGAGGCGUACGACCCGAUCGGCAAGUACGCCACGGCCACCCGCUUCUCCUACACCUCGCAGCACUCGGACUACGGGCCGCGGUUCCAGCAGCGCAUGCAGACUCACGUGUAGGCCCGGCGCCCGGCCGGGGCGCCUCUGCGGGGCAGAGGACGAGGCUCUCACAGCCGUUCCCUGAUAUUCAGGGGCGUUGCGCGUCGCUCCCGGCCCGGACCAGCCUUCCUCUGCCGCCGCCGCGGCCACUGCGGCAGGUGGGGAGCAGGUCUCCCGGAAACACCCCGUCCCGAGGAUGGUGCUCUGUGCAUGCCCCAGCCUCCUGGGCCUGCCCUUCCCUCUUCUUCGGGAGGACGUGUCUCUUCUGACCUGUGCUCUCGCCUGGCCCCAGCACGGGGACAGGGAAGCGAAGGUUGUGCAGAGCAGAGGGGGCACUUUUUAGCAUUCCCAUUCUGCCCCACCCCUUUGGUCUCCCCUAAGUGGACAGGGAUGUGUGACGAUGAGCAGGCGUUGGCCUAGGGGGACACGCAGUGGGGGGUGGGGGUGGCCCAGGCACAGAUAUGUGGAAACACGUUUGCCUGGCCAGCCCCUCUGUCCUCUGCAUUCAUACCCCGGCAGCAUCUUCCCUUCCGCGACUGCAGACGGGACCUUGGAUUGAUUUUAGCUGUCCACAGAACAGCCCUGGCACUGAGUUCAGAUCCGGCCCUCGUUCAGCUGGGAUUAAAGGGCCAGCUGUCCUGGCUGCUCAUCGUGGACACCUGUCUGUCAGCAGAGGAUCCAGAUUUGUCCAGUAGCCCCUUUCUCUCUCCUCUGUGCAGGGCCAGCCAGUUAGAUCACGGGGUCCCCAUGCAGAAAGGAACGGUGGGGGAACCAUGUCCUGACUCACCAGCAGGAAGGCUGUGUGCUUCAAAGCGGUUUCCAGAACCCCCUCUAGAGGAGCCCCUUCCCUCCCCAGCCUGCCCUGUAUCCUGGCUUUAACUCUUGAGCCUAUCUGGGGAGUGGUGGUGUGAGGGUCGGAUGCUAUAGGCUAUUUUUCAAAGACAACAAAAAACAAUGAAAACCUCAUUUGGGGAGAAAAAAAAAAAAGCUGUAGGGAAUCCCCCGCCCCAAGUCCCAGUGGGAAGGCAAGGGGCCACCUGCUCUCCUCCAGAUUCCUAGCACCGUCCAUUACUCUGAAUUUCCAAGCACUUUGAAUCCAUUUUUAAACAUUCAGGUGGAAAGACCUGUCCCCGAUGGGCUCUGACAGGCUUAGGGAGGGGGCCUGGCUCUCAAGACUGCUUGUCCUGCCCACCAGCUGGUCGGGGAGGCCACCUUCCGGGGGCAUGGGUGAUAGUCUCUGCAGACAGGUUUUGGUUUGUUAAGUGUCUUUUUUUUCUUGGACCAAUCAGAUUCCUUCUUCCACUUUCAGUGCCUUGAGUGCCCAGCUUUGGUUGACCGGCCCUGUGUGGGGGGCCACGGGGGAUGGGUAUUGCAAGCCCCAGACACGGCGUCAGGUGUUGCAGAGUUUCCGGGACGGCGGGUGAGGGGCCCGGAGAGGGAGGAAGGUGGCACGGGAGGGCACUGCAGGCAGUCACGCCCAUGCUGUCCCCACACACACAUUCCACAUGGUCAUUCUCAGCCGCCGCCUCUGACCAAAGAGAACUGUGCCCCCGCCCCGGCCUCCUCUUCUCCCGACGGGCGGGGCCUUGGGGGCAAUCCCCAGAACGCGCUUUGCCCUCUCUCCUGGUCACCACUCAUUAGUCAUGUUUGCUUUAAUGAGUUACAUGCUCAUCAGCCACGGGCCAUCACCACCCUUGCGGAUGGGUCUGUGGGGUGACAUUCCUCACUGUCCCCGCUCGUAAGGACCAGCUAAUGCCCAGGGAGAAAGUAGCUCAGUUCCAGCCUGGCAGGCUGCCUCUCCCCUUCUGCAGCAACAGGGGCAAAUCCUGGGUGUCUCUUGGGGGUGGGGGGGCAUCGUCCCGGCUCCAGCUGCAUUCCACCCCUACCCCUGGGAGCUGACCCCUCCCUACAGAGUCAUUUUAUGUGAGCCCUGGGAGAAGGUCUGGUAAGGAUGCAGGUUCCUGUGCAGAUGAAUUCACGCAUAUUCUGAUUAUCUUCGCAGAAACAGAAGCCAUGUGUAAUCCAAACAGUUAAAGUCUAAAGAUGGUGAUGGCUCUUUAAACAGGAAUAUUCCAAAAAAUAUUCAUUUGUAUUUGG